GCUCGGUCAGGGGAUCCAGCUGACGCACCCCCGUCUGAGCCAUCCGGUCCCGCCGCCCCUCACCACCAUGCCUCUUCCGAGGCCCCAGAAGGUCCUGCUUCCAACCAGUCCUCCUCAGAGUCUGAGGAGGAGAUGCAGGGUCCUGAUGGUCAGCCAGGAUACCAGCAUGUCCUGAGGCUGGCCCAGGCCCUGCUGGAAGCACGGAGCCUUCUGGGGCUGUCAGACAGGAGGGUAGACAGGCUCAUUGUGCUCUGGCAUAAAUUGCCAGAGCACGACAAGAGGAGAGUGGUCUACCCUCCCAGAUACCGGGAGAGGCAGCCUAAGGGGCGGUUCAAGGCUGCGAAGGGGACAAACACCUCCUGUCCUGGAAAGGAGAGUCUCCAACGCAGCCUUCUCGGACCGAACUCGGGCCCUGCAAACUGGCCCAGUGCCAGUCGCCUGGUAGAGGCCAUUUGCAGCCAGCUCUGCCAGCUCCACCCCAAAGGCACGCGGUCCGGGGGGAUCCGUCGGGACAGGUGGGCCCUGGUCCUCUCGGACUACGUGGCCAUCAGAGCGGCAGUGCUGGCAAGCCCGAGGCUGAUGGCUCAGACGGACAUCCAGCUCUUUGAGCUCAAUCAGAGGACCCUGUCCCAGUGGUUCUCUCGGCGCCAGAAAGAGGAGGAGAAGGCUGUGCUGCUGCAGGCAAGUGGCGUCAUGCCUGUGGCAGCACUGGCUGGCGAGCCCCUCCCUCCAGCAAAAGGGCUGUCCUCUGUCCAGGUGGGACAAGGACAGCCCUUUGCCUUCAAUGUCCCCGAGGAGCAGCCCGGACACCAACGCCAUCUUCUCCCGGGCCCUCCUCCUCCUCCUCCUCCUCCUCCUCCUCCUCCUCCUCCUCCUCCUCCUCCUUCGCCUCCAGUACUGCUCCCGGGCCUUCCUCUUCCUGCACGUAUUCCAAGGACAACAGAGUUCAGGAAGAGGAAGGCGGCCGAAGCUGCCGCUGCAGGGCAGGGGCCGCCGCCCGGGAGCAAAUCCCGUCGGCAGACGGCGCAGUACGUCUGCAGCAAGUGUGGCCAGCCCAAAAGGCUGGAGACUGGCCACACUCGUGUGGAUGGAGUGGCGUACUGCGCUACUGUCGGCGGGAAGUCUGUGGAGGAGUGGCGGGAGGACAUCAAGAGAAAAAAAAACCGCAACCCAGGGGGGCCGGGGCCCAUGUUUUAA